GGGGGUGACCCUCAGGCCCGCCAUGAUUUUAUUCAGGGCAUAAUGGAGACACCAGCUCAUAGUGCUGAAAACGCAUGAGUGGGAGCCGAAUUAGCUGAAGCUGGCCGUGGGGAUGUCAUCGAGUAAAGGACUGGGUGGGGCCAGGCGGCGCAGGACUCGCUGCCGGAAAUGUGAUGCCUGUAUGCGCACUGAGUGUGGAGAGUGCCACUUCUGCAAAGACAUGAAGAAAUUCGGUGGACCUGGGCGCAUGAAGCAAUCCUGCUUAAAGAGACAAUGCACUGCACCUGUGCUACCUCACACAGCAGUGUGUCUAUCCUGUGGUGAAGCAGGGAAAGAAGAUACCGUGGAGGAUGAGGAAGAGAAGUUCAACCUGUCCUUAAUGGAGUGUACCAUCUGUAAUGAGAUUGUUCACCCUGGUUGCCUUAAGAUGAGCAAGUCUGAAGGAAUAAUCAAUGAUGAGAUUCCUAAUUGCUGGGAGUGUCCAAAGUGCAACAAGGAGGGAAAGGCUAGCAAGGAUCAAGGUGAUGGCACAGGUAAACGACGCAUUGACAAUGGAGAAGUUGGAGGACGCUGGAAACUUACAGAUGAUCCACCUCCAAGCAAAAAAAAAUCUUCAUCUGUUGAGGAGGGUGGUCACGGUGGACAUAAACGCAAAAAAGAGAAAGAAGUGCCACAGGACACUGGACCCAAAAAAAAGAAGCAAAAGACUCCUCCCACAGUUGAGACCCCUGUUGCUCAAAACCAACAGAAUCAGAAUCCGCAGCAACCAGAUCACCGUUCCCACCAACGAGAGAAGAUGGAGCGGUUCAAACGCAUGUGCCAGAUGUUGGAACGGGUCCAGAAUUCCAGCUCAAGUUCUAGCUCUAGUUCAGAUUCUGACUCGGAGUCUGAUUCACAAGGAUCAGAAAGGGGGGGAUCUAGUCCUCCUUCACCACCUCCUGCUGUGGGUGGUCGAACUACACGAGACAAAGAACGUGAACGGCGCCUAGCAGAAUUGGGUUUUAGUGCAAGUGAUGAUAGUGAUGAGGAUGAAGAAAAUGAAGAGGAAGAGGAUGGGGAAGAUGAGGAGGAGGAUGAGCAAGGACAGAAAGACAAUUCUUCUACUCAGCAACAGAGAAAUGGUUCAGAAACUCGCAAUGGACGAACAAGAGCCAGUGGAUGUAAUCGUGGAAAUUGUAAUCAGGAAAAAGAAAAUAAUCAUCGCCGGAGCAGUAGUAAUAAAAUGCCUGGGAUUAAUCGUAAAGUUGCUGGACGCUCUCCAUCAACACAAUCCCAGGCUACUGGACAGCGUGUGGUUGCUCGUACACAGUUUUUGAAACGUCCAACUGUGCCAUCAUCACCCAAGCCCAUCCAAAUGGAAAGGCAUGUGGUGCGACCCCCUCCUGAUUCCCCAGAACCCGAUUCCCUACCCCUAGAUACCGGUUCAGACCAUGUAAUGCAGAGGGAUGUCUGGCUUGCCGUUUUCCAGUACCUUAGCCACAAGGAACUUUGUGUCUGCAUGAGAGUGUGCCGUACCUGGAGUCGCUGGUGCUGUGAUAAGCGUCUCUGGACAAAAAUUGAUCUGAGUCGUCGUAAAUCUAUUACACCCCCAAUGUUGAGUGGCAUAAUUCGGAGGCAGCCAGUUACACUGGACCUUGGCUGGACCAAUAUCUCCAAAAAGCAGCUUAUGUGGCUUAUCAACCGUCUCCAGGGCCUGAAGGAGUUGAUUCUUUCUGGGUGCACAUGGUCUUCAGUUUCUGCUCUUUGCUCAUCUAGCUGCCCAUGUCUGAAACUGUUAGAUCUGCGUUAUGUUGAAGAUAUUAAGGAAUCGCAUCUCCGAGAGCUACUGGCGCCCCCUGUUGAUUCCCGACCAGGUCACAUUGACAGCAGGGGGCGGUUUCAGAAUGUAACUGAGGUGCGACUGGCUGGUUUAGAUGUCAUGGACAGCUCAGUGCGUCUACUUGUCCGGCACAUGCCCCACUUGACCAAAUUGGACUUGAGUCACUGUGGCCAUGUCAGCGACCAGGCCAUCAACUUGCUGACUGCUGCUAAUUCCCCACUGAGGGAAACCCUUACUGAAAUCAACCUCUCAGGUUGUGGCCGCCUGACAGACCAGUGCCUGCCACUUUUCAAGCGAUGCUCCAACUUGAUACGUCUUGACCUCCGCUCCUGCAAACAGGUCACUCAAGAGGCCUGUCAGCGCUUCAUAGAUGAUACAGCUCCUUCAGCAUCCUUUUACUGCAUUGAGGACAAAUUGAUCCUGAAAAACAGCUAACAGAUCAUCAGAAGACCUACAUAUAAGAAAUUUAAUGAAUUAAGGGGCCAGCUGCAUGGAUUGUGUUGACACAUUUAUGCAGAACAAUAUGGGGAGCAGUGUCAAAACCCAGCUGUUGUGAGGAUACAAGAUAAUGCAUGAAUGGGUAAAAGUAAAAUCUUAAAAAAAAUAAACAAAGCCCUAGGAAACGGGCACAAGGACAACGACAGAUCAGGCAUUCAGAUAUCUGGCAUACUUGCAAUGUGGUUAUUAUGGAGGAAAAGAGCUAAAUUAGAAAAUGCUCAGAGAAAGAUGGCAGUCAGUUUGUGAAGAAUUUGCUAACUGUAAUAGUGUGCAGACAAUUUCCUCUCCUCUUUUCCUACCAUUUCUUUGUAUUUGGUUUCAGACAGUGUUGGGUAAUUUAAAACCCCAAGUUGGCCCGUGACGUUGUCCUACACAAAAUAUAUAGUAUUAAGAAAUACCAGUAUAAAAUACUACUUAUUAAACUAUUAAAGAAUAAAAUAAGCCACCACACUUUUAGUGCACACAGUCUUCUACAUCAGCAUAUCAAAGGUAAAUUAAAGUAUCCAGAGAGUCUGUUAAUACUAAAUGUAAGAUGUGAAAUAUGAAUACAGAAUUAUAAUUUUAUUGCAUAUUUUUAAACCCAUCUAGACCCUCUUAAAAUAAUUAUUUUUGCCUAAAUAAACAGACAUUUAUUAUGAGGCCAUGUUUGCCCCUUACACUUCUAUUCUGCAUGUGCUUUUUCCAUCUACCUCUCACACAAAAAGGCAGUGUGGCAUAGUUUCAGUCUAGCUAAAUACUUGCAAUGUAUUAAUUCAAGUAAUGUAUUUUUCUCCCCUAUUGAAUGAAUUUAUCUAACACUAGUUGCUCUGCAAUAAUCAAGCCAGCAUUAUGCAUAACUGCAAAACUUAGGUUUUGCCAUAUUUUGCUGGUGUGUACUUGAAAAAGUGAAAAGAGGUGUAUUUUUCAUUGCAGGAAUAUUUGAAAGUAUUUUUAUUAUUAAAAAUCCUUUGAAAAUUCUGUUUUUCUUUGAGGCAAAUAGGUAAAGCUCAAUUCCACAUAUUCUCCUGCUUAUCAUACUAAAUAAUUUCAGCAUUCUGAAAAGAGUAAUUAAUCACACAUAUCAGUCGGGUGCUAAUAUGGUCAAUUGUUUUUUUAGACCUUUUAUUUUAGUAAUUGAAGUAUAAGCAUAUCAGCAAGACAGUGUUUGGGAAGGUGUUCUCUUAUUAGAGAAUAUCAGAAUAUUGGAUCACUAGGUUUAAAAAUAAAAAUCAGCUACUUGUAUACCUAUAGCUAACAUAUCAGAAACCUUGCUGUUAUGUUUCCAUAACUAAGCAGUGUUUUCUGAUGAACUGCAAGGAUAACAAACAAGAUAAUGUUCUGCCAACUCAAAACUAUGUAAGAAAUAGUUACUUCUUACUGUAUCAGCCAGUUAUUUAACACUCUUGGAGAACUGUUUAGAUUCUUUUUCCACAGUUACUAAAUAUGCACAAAGGGUGUAGCUAGUCAUAUUUUUUUCUAAACAAACACUUUUUUAAUAUUUACAAGACUUAGGGGUAUUUAGUGCUGUCCAUUGGGCUUCAGUUAUAUUCUGCCUUAAUUUGUAUAUUUUGGAUAGUUUUAAAAGUAUUCCUCUUUGCCUUUUCCAAAGCAAUAUGUGAGAGCAAAUAACAAAUAACCUAACUAAAUUGCACCAUGCAAUCUAGAGCUUCACAUAUUUUUGGAGUCUUAUUUAUUUGUACUACCAUACACCUCAAGCUACACCCUUUGUAGAUGCCAUUCUGUUUUACAAGAUUUAUCUCAAACAAUCAAUUUUUAUAUAUUUUCAAAAGAGAAAAAAUUUGGGGAUGUGGUUUGUUUGCCUCUGAGAAUUGGAGUGCAACAAAUGUUCAGUGUAGACAAAAGAUGACGAAGAAUGUUUGUUAUUUUCAAAACUGGUGGGAAAAAUAAGGAUUAAAUAUAUAAAAUGUCUGUGUGUGUGUGUAUGUAUAUGUGUGUGUGUGUAUGUAUACACACACAUACGUA